AUGGUUCCAAAGAAGGUGAUAACUAGUCUUCUGCUACUCUACCUAACGGCCAUGUUGGCUAAAGAGAGUGAAGGGUACCUUGCCUUCUAUAGCCGUGAAGAUUUCAGAAGAAUGCAGGAGAAAGAAAAGAAUCAAGCCCAGAAGAAAUCACUUGACACAAGAGAUUUUGUUGAAUUUGCAGAAGAUGAAGGGCAAGUUAUCAAGGUGAUUGCUCCAGUGGAAAUUGGAAUACAUCUGAAUUCCAAGCAGCUGGAAAAGUACCAAGAUGUCUUGAAGGAGCUCCUGACAGAGAUGUUGUCAGAUACCAAGAAUGGCACUACAGAAAUCUUAAAAUUGGCUUUUCUCUUUCCUUGGAAGUUAUCUAAGUCCUGAGAUUUCAGAAAUAAAUUUGCCUUGUGUCACAUUUUUAUAAGAUCACAAUGAGUCAAGCUGAUGUCUUCACAGAAUUAAUUCACAAUAAUGGCUUUUGGCUGUUUCAUCUCUGUAGCUAACCAAUAUUCUAAGAAUUAGAAGACUGGAAGAUUUUCUGCAAAUAUACAAGAGUCAAUUUACUGGAAAUGCUAUUGUAAAGCACUGUACUGCAAAAUAACAAUGUGUAUGCAAACUAA